AUGUCGACUUUUGCUCGUAUGAUUUGGAGAAACCAUUUUGACCUCCCGGAGUUACCACCUCCCGGGACCUUCAAGGACCAGUCAAUACUCAUCACCGGCGCGACAGGAGGCAUGGGUCUAGCAACAGCUAUCCAUUUUGUCAACCUUGGCGCAUCGUCCGUGAUUAUUACAGGUCGCACCAAUGCUAAAGGGGAGGAAGCCAAAGCUAUCAUUGAAGACCAGACGAACACCAAUGGAAUAGUUAAGGUCAUGGAACUCGAAAUGAAUACCUUUGCUGGUACGAAACUGUUUGCAGAGAAGUUGAAGAAAGAAGUCAAGACCAUCGACUAUGUUCUUCUCAAUGCUGGUGUCUUGAAGACGGACUUCAAGCUUGGAGAAGAAGGAUACGAAGAGUCCAUUCAAGUCAAUGUGUUGUCCACAGCGCUUCUCGCUCUGCUUCUAUUACCCUGGAUGAAAGCAGCUGGAAAAGGGAAGGCUCAUCUGGGGUUCGUAACAAGCGGUCGACAUAGAGGUGUGUCUAUUGAUGGUAGCUUUCCGAAACAGGACGUCCUGCAGUUCUUCAGCAAGAAAGAACACUUUCCGGGCAGUCAAAUCUGCUCCAUCAGCAAGUUACUGGAGCAGUACGUGGCAAAUGAGAUUUCCAAGUUAAGUCUGGGUCCAGAUGGAACUCCUCAAGUUAUUGUCAAUUCGAUUUGUCCAGGAGCGGUAUACUCCGACUUGAGCCGACAGUAUAAGAAAGGCUACAUCGCAACGUACGCUGUCAACUUGGUGAUGAACAUUAUGGCGAAAUCCAGUGAAGGUGGCGCUCGAACACCCGUCCUUGCAGCAAUGACCACGCCGGCCGAGAAUGGAAAGUACAUCACCCAUUACCAGUCAGAUGAAGAUUAUAAAGUCGCCGCAGCGAAGAAUAUAUUUGGGCCUGAAGGACAGAAGAUGCAGGCGGAAGUGUGGAAAGAGAUUAUAGCAAUCUUGGCAGAAAAGGUCCCGGAGGUGAAGGAGAUUGUUCAUUCAGUCGCAUAG